AUGGAAAUUGUGAUUUCCUUGAUCAUACUCUUUGUGGGGAUAGCAAUUUUGGUGGUCAUCCAUGUCUGCGUCGUGGGGAGGGCCUUCAGAGGGAACAACAACGAAGAAGAAGAAGAAGGUACUCAUCGCAGCAUCAAUGCCAUGAAGAGAAUGUUUGGCGGCGACAGCGUUGGUGACCUGAAAAACCUUCCUUGCUUUCCUUAUGAAGAGCCAAAAGAGAGUACUAAAGGGUGUUGUGGCCUAGUGGAUUGUGCUGUUUGCUUGGAGAAUUUCAAGGUUGGUGAUGUGUGCAGAUUAUUGCCCAAUUGCAGCCACAGCUUCCAUGUGCAGUGUAUAGACUCAUGGAUACUGCAGACACCCGUUUGUCCCAUUUGUAGAACAUGGGUUCAUUCACCAGUUGUGAGGGAACAAAGUGCUGUUUCUGAAAGUUUAGAAAUUGUAACGGAAUAG